UCCUGCGGGAGAUGGGAGCAUUCGUCCGGCUCCUCGCCAGGUAGAGCACCGACGCAAAGGGCCCGGAGCUUCCCCAACCUCUAACCCCUGUUAAGGGCCAGAGAAAUAACUGGUGAGCUGCUCUGCCAGCUCCCAGCCCUCUUCUGCUCCCAAAGGGAAUUGGGGCUUUUCCCAGGAGGGGGCUGCCAACGAACUGUUGGCGCAGCGGCCUCAGAUAAUCCUCCAUCACCCCCACGCCUCUCGGACCCACUCGCCGCCCACCGGCACGCCGCAGACUGUGAGCCUCUGCAGAGCCCUUCGCCCCUCGCCCCGUCGGGAUGGAGCCGGAGCAGCUCUGGGAAAGAGGCGCCCACCCCGAUUUCAAGAUGGAUGCUCCAGGACUUCCUAGGAGAUACAAGGAAGGCUCUCCAUUAUCCCCCCACUGCCGCUCCCUGUGCUGGAAACACCCCUGCUUUUCUCUCUUGCUUCUCAAAGAGGCUAAAAAUACCAGCAAAAUGCAACAGCUCUGACUCCACUCAGUUCCAUCAUUGGCAGCAAAAGUCUGAGCAGGACCUACACGGAUAUUUUGACCAACUUCCCUUUCCAGCGGCAGCAGCGGAGGCACCAGCAUCGCAGGUAUGUGGGAUGUUGCCCCCCGGCUCUGGCUGCGAGGGUGGGAGAGCCCUGUGCUCUCAGAGGUUGUGGGUGCUCUCCUGAAGGGUGUGCUGAGAGGCACCCGGAGGCUGGCAGCCCGGCUGAGAACCGACAAACUCGGGACAGCCGGGAGCUGCGAGUGAGGGAGCACACGUGGGUGCGUGAGCAGAGGCAGCCGAUACCCGCCCGCGGCAGGAGCAGCUUGAUCACAGUUCUAAUAACAGCCCUAUAAUCAAGCCUGGCUUCUGUGCCUCCCCCGACUCCAUCCCCUGUCAGGGAAAAGGGGAUUUACAGCGUCCCCUCCCCAGCCCGCUGCCGCUGCGUGGGGUUUCUCACGCGGGGACUUGGCCAGGGCAACACCGCACGAUGGAGCUGGGGGCUCCAACAAGCCCGGCUGCCCGGGCCACGCUCCGAUAUUCCGCUCCCGGGCAGCGCUGUGUGGAAGUCCUGCAACCAGCACCAGUGGGGAAAAUAGUACUAUCCAACAUUUGCCUGGCCCUGGGUUUUUCCUUCCAUCGCAAGAGACACCGAAACUCUAUGAUUAGACCCGAGGAGAAAGCGCUUCUCCCUCCAUCAGAGGACAACAGCCCUUUCGUCUCCCCUCGCAAGAAGACAGGUAGCCCCUCUCCGACGCCCAGCCUGUUGCCUCCAAACAGGCUCUUCCAACGGCUCCAGAUGACACAUAAAACAACCCAUAGUGCUAGGAUUGAUUUUUCGCCUCAGCCUGAAGGUGCUUCUUUGAACUUCCCGAGGAGAUGGAGGGGUCUCCUUCCCCCAGAGACCUCCUCCCCUCCUGAGGCCCCGGCAAUAGCACAAGAAAGGGCUGCGAUUUCCCACAGGGCUCCCCAAUGAGCAAAGUAGCUCCCCCUCUCUCCUGACCCAUGUAAAUAACUCCCUGUGGGAUUCCUUCCCUAGGAGCCUUCAUGCCCUAGCAGCUAGGUGGGUGUUUUUUGCUUUUAUUAGAGUAAACCAGAAGGAGCUGGAGGAGAUCAGUCGCUGACACCCCGAGAAGGACCUUUUCAUUGCUGUGUCCUAAAACGCUGUUAUUCUUGUGGUGAGCAGCUACUUCUGGAGGUGCUCCCGGCUAAAGGAGGGCUCACCUCACCAUCCUGCUCCUCCCACCACCUUCUCAGACGACACCAAACCAUCACCGGCAACGGGGACCUGCCAGACCACCACCCCUGGCCUCUUCAGAGCUUCAGACCCCAGCCCAUCCAUCGGGCUGCUUGCUGACCAUGACCAAGCCCUCUCUCGAUUCAAGCCAACCGAUCACCGAACGCUCGCGCCAACGUGUCGCUCCUCGGGGAGCUGGAAGUACCAGAGGGCCGAAAAGCCGAAACGCCCUCGCCUUAAGCCACGCUUAUCAUUGCUGGCACCAGCUCGGCUUCGUGGGGUGUCCCCUGGCUGAGCCCCCGCAGCCGGGAUGCAGGGAGGGGGGCACCUGGGACAGGCACAACCCCAGGCUGCGCCACUUCACCCAGGCUCCUCGCUGUUUUGCCAGCACGGCUCCCUCCUCGCACGCCGCCCCCCGCCGCAGCCUCGCCCCCGCUCUGCCAGACCCUGCCCCAGGCUCAGGGGACAUCACCGGCGUCUCCUUCCACUUCAAGGCUGGCACCCCGAGCUCGGCGCCCGGGGAAGAGCUCGCUCCCCAACCUUGACUCCCCAGCUUCCCACCCGGCUGCACGGCCUCCCCGCGCGGAGGCUGGUUCUUCCUCGGGGUGCGCCGGGCUCCCUUUCUAAAGGUCCGUGGCACAGCAAGAAGUGGCACCUCGUUUUCCCUCCCGGGGCAUCGCUGUUUGCUGGGGUGCAGGAGGGUGCCCCGGGGCCAGCCGCUACAGCCAGGACAGCGCUGGCUGGCGAGCCCGACCCUCUCCUGGGCCUGGAGCUGCUCGGCAGCUCAGCCUCGGUGGCCGAGCCCCUUCACCGUGGUGGAUGUUUGCAGAGGCAGCGUUUAACCGCUCGAUUUGCAGGGUUUACCCAGCCAUGUUGCAACAGCUCCCAGCAGCUCUUGCAGCCAGCGCUGCAAGAGGAGGCGGCUGCCGAAGCGCCGGAGCCGCUCGGCGAAGGGGCUCAGGGAGUGUUGGAACCCUUCAGGGGUAAAUUGAGCACCACCGUAGCUGGGUGGCACCUGCCUCCUUCCUCAACAGGGACCCACUGGCCCCCAAGCCUCGGGGGGGGGGGGGGGGGGGGGGGCUGGGGCCUGCUAGGGGUAGGCAUGAGCUCAGCCGUGGCCCCCAGCGUGGACCAGCUCCUCUUUUCCCUCCCCAAAACCUCACCCCACAAAGCAGGCAGUACGGAUCCCCCCCUUUCUCAGCCAGCUCCCCCGCAGCACCCCUGGGUGCCAGGGAGCAAUGGUUGACGGUGGCACAGCUGCCAGGAGCAGCCAGCCCCCGCCCAGGGCGGCCAGCGAACAGCGCCGGGCACCGCGCCUGCAGGCAGUGGCACAGCUCCCUUACCCGCCCAGUGCAUCCCAGUCCCAAACCUGCCCUCAGGAGGCAUCGGAGGCUCCAAAACCCCCGGCCCCCCCCCACCCCGGCCAGGCCCGUGCCAUCAGAAGUCCCCGUGAGUAGCCUCGUUGGGUUUUGGAGGAGAGACAGCCCCCUGCAUCCCAAAUCGAUGGGAGCGCUUGGUAUUGCCGAGAGGAUCAAUUCUGGCACUCUCCCACCAUCUCGCUUGGGGUUCCCAUCUCACAGGGGUGGGAAGGAAGCGGGAGCACCUGGGGUUUCUAGGAAAGGGCUAGAAAAAAAGCAUUGCUGGGGGUGGGGGGGAAGAGACGAAGCUUUUUUUUUUUUUUUUUUUUUUUUUUUCGUGAGGAAGAGGUGUUUGAAGAGGAGAUAAGCCAGGUAAGGAGGUCAGGGGGGUUGGAGGGGGACAUGGGGCCGAGCGGGGGGGCUGGUGGGGUGAGGGCCAACAUGGUGUGUGUGUGUGGGGGGGGGGAUCUGAAACAAUAUAUGGGGUGGGCGGGCUGGGCAGUGAUGGGGGGGGC